GCCCGGGGUCAGCUGCUGCAGUUGAGCGUCUGGAGCAGUGGAGCAGAAGCUUCGAGCCUGCAAGAUGAAGGCGCUCCUCUUCCUCGUGCUCUUCCUCGGCGGCAGCGACGGUGCAACACAUGGUGAAGAUUUCCAAACAGACAUUCGCGUGGUUGGCUGCUCCAACACGGAGGGAGAAGACUUCUACGCUCUGUCCGGCGAGGACAUGUGGGUUGCCGACUUCGCCGCCAAGAGGGGCGUGGAGCCUCAGCCCAGCUUUGUGGACCACAUGACCUACGACAAAGAAGCCUUUCACAGCGCCGAGAUCAAUCAAAGGAUAUGCAGGGAUAACCUCAACAUCACCCAGGAGGCGCUGAGGCAUCAACCGCUACAAUAUGAUCGUCCCUCUCAUCCCGUCGUCUACCCGAGAGACGAGGAGCUUCUGGGAAAGAAGAACACGCUGGUCUGCCACGUCAGCGGCUUCUUUCCGGCGCCCGUCAAAGUCCGCUGGACCGAGAACGGCGCGCGGGCGGCGGGCCCAGGCCGCGGCUCCACCGCCCCCUACCCCGACGAGGACGGUUCUUUCCACCAGACGUUCCGACUGGACUACAUCCCCGCGCAGGGGGACAUCUACACCUGCGUCGUGGAACACGCGGCCCUGGAGCAGCCGCGCGCCACCUCCUGGGUGGUGCAGGUGAGCCAGCCGAGUAUCGGACCCACCGUCUUCUGCGCCCUGGGACUGACGGUGGGACUCGCCGGCGUGGCUUCCGGAACCUUCUUCCUCAUCAAAGGAAACAAGUGCAGCUGAUUGGCUGAGCGACGCUGAUGAUGCCUUCGCUUUUUUCCUGCUUAAAUAAACACAACUGUUUACGUCUGAUGAUGGAUGGAUAUUUAAAUACCAAAAAUGUACAACUAAACAUGGAAGCACAAAUCCACUGGCUUAAUGCUAACAUAUAACACAAAAUGCCAUAGACUGGCUUGCGGAAAUGAGCACUUAUACUGUAGAAACUCACCCAAAUCAUUGCUUAAAAGCCCCCAAUUUCGUGGGGGUUCCCUGUACACUCUGUUCUCCGGUGAUUCCGCCUGCUUGCUCGCCAAGUUUUUAGCUCCUGGGAGAUGACAAUAAAUAAAUAAAAGGAUCUUCCUCUG